AUGGCUUCACGAAAGGCGCAUAUGAUGCAAAAUUUGUUCCAACCCAUGUCGAGAGAGAUGUCGCGUCAAACACAAGGGAGAAGUCGACCAUUACUACCGCGCAAUGGGAGGAGCUCGAAAGCAGAUUCCGUCAUGUUUGUUGGUAUUUGUCUCGCUAUCGUAGCCGUUCUGGCAACACCGAUGGUUUGGGUCUGGAUGAGAGACCGCAUCAGGAGACGCAAGCUGGAUCCCUUCAGAAAGCUCCGCGAUCUCGAGCAUACUAACGGGGAAGAUGCAAUUUUGAACCCACCUCCUUAUGAGCGUCCGCCAGUUGUCGAUUCCAUAUGGGCGAGGCAAGAAAGGUACAAGACAUCGAAACCUGCACGAGCCGUCACAGCCGAUCGAGUCUUGGGCAUUGACAAGGCUUCAUACCUACAACGUAUCGUGCCACAGAGCGCUCCUGCGCAUCUUGGCUGGGCGAGACAAAGGGUCAGUGGAACGAAUGGCGAAGAGCAGUGCAUUAGCCCCUGGGAUGCAGAGCUCGCUCCAAAUCCAGUCAUAUUUCCCUGGCUUCAAAAGAGAGGGGCCAUGUCUAGAAGCAUCGACUCAGAGAGUAGUAAAGAGAGUCUACAGACUGUGGCACUAACGAGUAUAUCAACGCCUCGAACCUCGUCCCCUUCUGAAGCUACAACACGUGUUUCCGCCGAUGAUCCAUUCCUGGACUCGCCUAUCGAAUACAACAGUUCUUCUCGAAACAGCGAAAAGUCGUGUGAACUGUCGGAUACUGGCCGGGAUGGGCGUGGUGAGUCCGCGCAGCCAUGUGACGCAGAUGGGCCUGCUUGUACUACACAAUCCGGAAAGACAGCUGAGUCUUACGACUGCGACGCGUGCGAAACAACGUAUCCUACCAAAGGGCAGCUCAAUAUGCAUCUCAACCGCAAGCAUCGUCGACGCUAUCGCUGUCAGCACUGCCCUUCGGCAUUUGCGCUAAAAGCCGACUUGCGGAGGCAUGAGCGAAGUGUCCACAAAGACAUGUACCAAGCACAAGCAUUUUCCUGUCCUAAUCCGGCAUGUAACAUUCCACAAAAACGGGUCAGGCCAAGGACGAAACAAUUUGCUGGCCACAUGACGGCUUGA